UUGCUGGAAAGAAAAGCAGGGUAACUUAAGCCGGAUCCACUCAAGAGUUCACACUUUUCGCUCGUAUAGCUGAUAGAGCUUCAUGUCGUUGCUUGCUCGAAUAACAAAUAGACUGUUGAUUUGUUUUGUUCUGGUCUUUCACAAGUGUUUGCAAUUUUCACUGUCUGGUGACGACAAGAAGCAGUGGGCUCCUUACUAAUCGGCUAGAUAAGUGUGUGCUGUUCCCGGUUCUCUUACUAAAAAUCGUCAUGUUGCUCUUAUGAAAUUAUAAACCAGAGGCUGAGUCAUCAGGGGAAUGUCGCUUGUCGUUCGUUUUUUUUAUUCUGCUCUUUUUUUUGUUGGACAAAGCCAAUGCAACGCAUGCUCAGUAGGUCUUUAAACGGCCAGCGAACAACAAGCGUUAAGCGAUGUGUCCAGAUAGUGUCGGCCAACAUGACAGGUCCUUUAGAUGGCAUCGGUUGGAUAAUUGAAAAACAAUUAAGCAGUCAUUAGUGGAUACUCAGUGGAAGCGCAGCCAGUUUGCAUACAUUGUGUGGUAAGUAAUGGACUUGACCAGCGACUACGCGCAUCGGCAUAUUGUGAAAUUGAUGACGAUCACGCUGGUCGCCUUUUUGACCGCCUUUGGACUCCUGGCCAACCGCUAUCAUCCGGGAAGCCGUGAAAGGUUCCGCUUCUCAAAGGCUUUUCUGGCCUACGACUUGCUGUGGACCACUGCAUUCAGCUUGGUUUACGGACGAGAGAUCUACAAGGACUUUAACCAGGGUCAGAUCAACAUGAAGGACGCCACCACUCUUUACAGCUACAUGAACAUCACGGUGGCUGUGAUCAACUAUGUGACGCAGAUGACAAUCAGUGGCCAUGUGGCCAAGAUGAUGAGCAGAGUGCCGUUCUUCGAAACCCUGAAAACAUUUCGUCUCGACAGCCGGUCACUGUACAAAUCCAUCGCUCUGGCCUUGGUCAAGUCAUUUGGGUUUCCCUUGACCCUCGAAGUGGCUUUUAUGCUGCAGCAGAGGCGGCAACAUCCGGAGAUGAGCUUCAUCUGGACCCUGUACAGGCUGUUUCCCUUGGUUGUCUCGAAUCUGCUGAACAACUGCUACUUUGGAGCAAUGAUGGUGGUGAAGGAGAUGCUCAAUGCUCUGAACGCCAGACUGGAAUCACAACUGCAGGAGGUCAACAUGCUGCAGCGAAAGGAUCAGCUGAAGCUGUACACCAGAUACUACCGCAUGCAGCGAUUUUGCACCAUGGCCGAUGAACUGGACCAGCUAGAGCAUCGCUACAGACUGAUAUAUGUACAUGCCGGAAAGUAUCUGACUCCCAUGGCCCUGUCCAUGAUCCUGUCGCUCGUCUGCCACCUGCUGGGCAUCACAGUGGGUUUCUACACACUGUACUCCGCCAUGGCGGACACCUUCAUCAUGGGCAAGCCGUACGAUGGCCUAGGAUCGCUGAUCAGCUUGGUUUUUCUGCUCAUUUCGCUGGCGGAGAUCUCAUUGCUGGCGCUCUUGUGCAGCAACCUGUUGGAGGCCACCCGGAGACCAGCGCUCAUCCUUCAGGAGAUGAAUCUCCGGCACGCGGACUGUCGCUAUCGCCGGGCAGUCCAUGGCUUCACUCUGCUGGUCACCGUGACCAAGUUUCAGAUUAAGCCGCUGGGUUUGUACGAGAUGGACACGCGGCUGAUCAGCAAUGUCUUCUCGGCGGUGGCCAGUUUCCUGCUGAUCCUGGUCCAGGCUGAUCUCUACCAGCGUUUCAAGAAGCACUAAUUAUGUUACUUUAAUGAUGUUACCCACCUGGCUGAACUGCAUCAGAUUUUCGGACUGUCGAGAGAAUAUGUCAACAAAUUAGUAGGUUAAAAUUCAU